AGCCGCCAUGUUUUCCCCUCGCGUCACAGCGCGGGGCGGGCGCGAGGAGGUGCGAAGAGAAGGGGCCGCCGGAGCGUUCGCUGCCGAGACAGCUGCGGGCGGGAGCAGCUCCCAGGGGACCCGGCGGCGCGACGUCCUGCGGCAUGGAUCCACAGGUAAAUCUCAGUGUGACCUUCCAAGGUGACACACAGAGCUUCCUUGUGUCAGAUUCAUCUAAUACCACAUGGGCUGAUGUGGAAGCCAUGGUGAAAGUCUCAUUUGAACUGAAUGAUAUCCAGAUCAAGUACCUAGAUGAGGAUCAAGACGAGGUGUCUGUCAAUACCGCAGAGGAAUACGAAGAAGCUCUUAAGAUUGCAGUGAAACAAGGCAAUCGGCUACAGAUGAAUGUUUAUCAAAUAAGCGCUCCUCUGGGCAUGCCUACACAGCAAGCCCCCAAGAACGCUGAGAGAACCCAGAGCCCCAGAGAUGGGAGGAAGCCCCUUGCCCACUAUUCCAUGCUUGCUCGGACCUUGGCUCAGGACAGAGAUACUGGAAGAGAGAAUGAGAGGAGACAGAGUGAGCAGCAUCCCAGUGAGGCCCCUCCUGAGUGGUUCACCAGCUAUUUGGAAAGGUUCCGGGAGCAAGUGGUUCAAGAGACUGUUGAAAUGCUUGAACAGAAGCUGAGCGAGAAGCUCCUCCUUUCUGGCCAGCUCCCCAGCUCCUUGAGCAGCACCACGCCCCACACCCCUGCAAGCCCCUCUGUGCAAGGAAACCCCUUUGACUGGCUUCUCUCAUGCAGUAACUGUCAGGCCUCUAUCGUGGGCAUUCGCUACCAGUGCAGUGUGUGCCCAUCCUAUAGCAUCUGUGAAUCGUGUGAAACAGGGACAUAUGCCCACGACCCUAACCAUGUACUUUUGAAGCUGAGGAAGCCAGUAUUGUGUAUCUCAGAGACGUAUAAUCUUGGGCAGUUCGCUCCUCGCUUUGCCACUCUGGAACAAGCCAGGCUUCAGAAACAGAUGGACAAGCGCUUUCUGAAGGCGGAGAAGCAGCGCUUGCGAGCAGAGAAGAAGCAACGCAAAGCCGAGGUGCGGGAACUCAAGAAGCAGCUGAAGCUGCACCGGAAGAUCCAUCUGUGGAACUCUGUCCAUGCUCUGGAAAACGCUGGCUUGACAGCUGCCAAAUCAGAGAGCCUGCAGCCCAAUACACUUCUUCCCCUCCAGGGCUGCCCAGUCAUUGUCCCAACGCUGAGCGCUGCCUUUGUGGAUGAGAACCUUCCUGACGGAACUCGCCUGCACCCAAGGACGACCUUCAUCAAACACUGGCGCAUGAGGAACACUGGCAACAUGGAGUGGAGCUCUGACACUAAGCUGAAAUUCAUGUGGGGGAACUUAACUCUGGUGUCCUCGGACAGGAAGGAUGUCCUUGUGCCCUCCCUGCUGCCUGGGCAAGAGGGGGUUGUCUCUGUGGAGUUUGUAGCUCCUCCAAUGGAAGGAACCUACACGUCUCAUUGGCGGUUAUCGCACAGAGGGGAGCAGUUUGGGCCCCGGAUCUGGUGCAGCAUUGUGGUAGAUCCCUCCUGCAACACAGACUGCCCAGAGAAUAGCAAACUGGUGUCCAGUUUUUCCCAGAAGGGCAGUUCCCAUUGUAAGAAAGAGGAAAGACCCUCAAAGUUCAAGGGGCAAACUCUGCAAACUGCUGAUGGUGCCACGACGGGAGGCGUGGCCGGCCGCGCUGCUCCACCAAAGCUGAAGAGCAUCCUCAGCGCUAGAGAGUUCUACAUCCCGUCAGUUGACCUGCUUACAGCUCAGGAUCUGCUCUCCUUUGAACUGCUGGACAUUAACAUAGUGCAGGAACUGGAGCAGGUUCCACACAACACUCCUGGAGAUGCCCAGGCAGGGAAAGGGAAGGCUGAGAAUCCGGCUAACUCCGAGGAAGGAGAGGAAGACAUGAGUGGGACCCAGUUUGUUUGUGAAACAGUAAUUCGUUCUCUCACCUUGGAUGCUGCGCCUGACCACAGGCCCCCACAGAGGAAGGAAUCGUUGCAGAGUUCUCUACAAGCACUACAGGACAAUGCCCACUGCAGCCCAAACAAGGACCCUGUUAGGAUAGAAAAUGAUCCUUCUCCAACACUACAGGAACCAGAGUCCAAGAAUCAAGGCAUGGAGGGGGCCCAAGAACCUGAGUUUGAGGAACUCCUGCUGCAAGACGGGGCGGAAUCGAGUGAUGGAGAGACCGAGGAUGAUGCCAAGGAUGAAGUCUGCAGCCAAGCAUCCUCUACCUCCUCUGAGGAUUACAUCAUCAUCCUCCCAGAGUGUUUUGACACCAGCCGCCCUCUAGGCGAGUCCAUGUACAGUUCUGCACUCUCUCAGCCCAGCUUGGAAAAAGUGGCCGAGGCCUCGGCAAGCCCUGCGGGAGAGAACCAGCCCUCAGCUCACAGUAUCAACGACAUGCUAACCACCUCGCAGACACUGGACGAGGUGCCUCUGACCCCUCAGAUCCUGGAACCACAGCCUUCAAGGUACCAAGUGGACCCGGAGCCAAAAUCUCUGGCCCCUCCCCAAAACAACAGCUCCCAAGAAACAAGUGUUCCCAGUGGAGAGGACGCCUCUUGGUGGGUUCCAGACCAAACCAGAGAAGUUCCUGCUCUCAAGCUCCCAAAUAUCUCUCUUGUAGUGGUCCAAGGAGCAGAUGUUCCUGAACCUCCGCCUGCAGGGAAUGUACAUAGCACACCAACAUGUCCAGAGUUCUCCAGGCACACCCAUGGGAACAGCCUCGCUGGUGACCUCGUGAAAGGGGCCUUGUCAGUGGCUGCCUCUGCUUACAAGGCGCUGUUUGCUGGACCGCCCACCGUGGAGCAGGCUCUUCCUGUGGCCACCGAGGAGCAAAUGAACCCCUUCCUAGCCAACCUGAGCGAGAUGGGCUUCUGCGACAGGCACCUUAACCUCAGGCUGCUACGGAAACACAACUGUGAUAUUUCCCAAGUUGUCACUGAGUUGCUGCAGCUGAGUCACAGCGAUUGGUACGAAAACCAGUAUUGAACCUUUCUCCUCACUGUGCUCAUUAAAACCUGAGCAGUAAAUGGCACCAGCAGCUUCCAGCUCCCUUCUGUUCCAGCACAGCAGAGAUGGCUUGGCUUCUGUUUCCCAUUGCAUCAUGGUUCGUCACCACCACGACCACCAGUAUCCAAUGACUCGGGCACUAGGAUUUCUUUAAAACACUAAGGUUCCUUCCCCCAACUGGUAUAAUUCCAGAUUUUGUUGUAGUAAAAAGAGGUGAAUGUACACACGAAAUACAAGUGAGCUGUGUUCCUAAGAAUUUUAGGGCUUUCGUUCCUGAGCGGCAAGCAAGUAAGAACCAGAGACUUGAGGGGCCUUCCUGUAUUGUUCCUGCCUAUCUGCCCAUCUCCAUCCAGCGGUGGAGCUAAACUAAAGACCAGCUUUUCCACAUUCUGUCCUCUCAUGAAGGCGGUGGGUGGAGCCCUUUGUCCUCUAGUUUUGGAAUCAUCCUGCAUUUUGUUGGAGCAAUAAUUCCACCAGCAUUUUCAUGUUGUGUUUUGCAGACGCUACCUUAAAAUGCAUUCGUCAUAGUCUAGCUGUUGGCGUUCUUGGCCAGUCCCGUCAAAACCUAAAUGCUGCUGUUUGCUGUUAGUUACUGGGAGUGAAAUAGACUAUGAAAGGAGCAAAGUCGGUAGCAAGACUGGGUGGGUGGUUCGCCAUAAAAAUACCAAAACAAAGAGCAGUUGCUCCUCCUGUGUAAAUCUUUAGAGGUAUUAUUAAUAGCUAUUAUAACUUAAGUAUUUGAUUGACACAUGGUCAAGACGUGCUUGGUGGGGGAAACGACACAAAACUAUUUUUGUAGACCCAUUCCUCCUGUUUAGAUGAAUAGACUCUCACAUACAAGAUUUCUGUCCCACCCUGCCCAGCCAAUGGACCAAUUUUUUGGGGGGGGGGGGAAUGCACAGUUUUUAACAAACGUUGAUUCAAUUUAAACAUGCUAAUAAAGCCCUUAAAUAUGCAUUUGCAUAAUAUUGAGCAUAAAAGAACAUGAGGAAAUGCUGAAUCAGAGAUGGCAUUAUGGGAGGAAGUUUCCUCCAUCCCAUCAGGAAAAAGAGACUGAAGAAAGUUCUGCCCAAAGCCCAUUGAAUAAACAGGAUGUGUACCCAUUCCAACUGGAUUAUUUAGCUCUCAGGUGCUCCUUUUUCAAACAAUAUAAAAAGAAUGGCUGCUAUCAUUUAAAAAAGACACAGCUACCCUCGGAGAUGUGGCUGAACCCAUACCUGUUUUUUUGUGCGGUGGGGUAAACACAGGUUGGUUUUUUCCUGUGACUUUGGGCUAAUAUGAUUGGGAGGGAAAAUUCAGAAAUGAUGGAAGCGAUUAAGACCCCUUUUUGCUUUAGAAGAGGGAAAAUGAAACGAAACACCUACUUCUGCAGUGCACUGCCUUUCCCCACCCUCAUUUAACUUGUGCAUGGAAAGCUACAUAUCUCUGAUCAGAGAUCUCCAGAUUAGGACUUACUUUGCUUUGGGUUGAUGGGUGAGAAUCUUGGUAUUCCUAGGUAGAUCAUAUUGUUUGACUUGAAUUAAUUCUAUUGCUACCAAUCCUGUUGGCAAACCUCUUGUUAACCCUGGUAGAAAUAUCUUUCUUUUUAGGUUUCAUAAAAGCUGAACUUUUCUUUCAUUGGCUUCAUAAUAUUUUAUGAGAGGGGUGCAUGGAUGAUAAUUUUAAAAAGUGCAAAUAUUAUGAUCUUUGUAUAUUGCUUAGAAUAAACACUUUGAACAGUCUUUGGGGUGUGACAAAUGUUAAAAUAAAGUAUACAUUAAAUAA